UAUUCUUACCUUCGUACCACGAUGGGCUCAAUCUGCUCAAAGUCAGGCGCUCAUUCCGGUGGACAUACAGUACUGGGUCCUGCCUCUACUACCGCUCCUUCAGCUUCUCGAACUCCAAAUCCGAGUGACGCCCGUGCAGCUCGCGCAGAAGCUGCGGAACAGAGACUGAAGGCUGCUCAAGCUAGAGGCACCCAUUCUUCCAAUCCAAACAAAGGGAAGCUUGCCUCACAGGCUGCGAAGCCGGUCAAGGUCACACCCGAAGGAAGGCAGGACGAAAGACUCGUGUGGGACUGAUGAUCUACUACUUCUCAUCUUGCAAUGCAUGCCAUCCUCGCCCUGCUGGACGCCACCAUCGGGAGAUUCCAUUCUCCCAGUCACGAUGUCCCCCCAUUCAAUUACUGAAUGCUGCCUAUUUAUUCUGCUAGUAGUUCCGGCUUCGCUGAAGAGAAUUGUGAAAUAGAUGGAUGGGACAUUGUAGCGCACCGUCCUAAGAACCUACG